UAUCUAUCUAUCUAUCUAUCUAUCUAUUUAUCAUCUAUCCAGCCGCUGGGUGGCAGUAGUGGUUUUGCUGUCAUUUUUUUAAAUCGCAGAAGAAGAAGUAAACCGGAAAAACGUCGCUGCAAAAGGACGUUCGUGCCUUUCCCUUUCGUGCGGUUUGUGCCGUUUGGAAAGAUGCUGACCAGUAUCACUAACGUGCUGAGAGCUUGUGUUCAGAAAAAUGGAGCUGCUGUGGUUAUGUCAGCACGCACCUACGCGGACUUCACAUCCCAGGCUACAUUUGAGAUCAAGAAAUGUGACCUCCACAAGCUGGAAGAAGGCCCGGCUACUCAGGUGGUCAUGACCCGGGAUGAGGGUCUGCAGUACUACCGCGUCAUGCAGACCAUGAGACGGAUGGAGCUGAAGGCAGAUCAGCUGUACAAGCAGAAGAUCAUCAGAGGGUUCUGCCACCUUUACGAUGGACAGGAGGCUUGUGCUGUUGGGAUUGAAGCAUCAAUUAAUCUGACGGAUCACCUGAUUACCGCGUACCGUGCCCACGGCUACACCUACACCAGGGGAGGAACGGUGAAGGAGAUAAUGGCUGAACUCACCGGCAGAAGAGGCGGCAUUGCAAAGGGGAAAGGAGGCUCCAUGCACAUGUACUGUAAACAUUUCUAUGGGGGAAAUGGGAUUGUCGGAGCUCAGGUUCCUCUGGGUGCAGGUGUGGCUCUAGCCUGCAAGUAUCAGGGCAACAACGAGCUGUGUGUCUGUCUUUAUGGUGAUGGCGCUGCCAACCAGGGUCAGAUUUUUGAAACCUACAACAUGGCCGCUCUCUGGAAGCUACCCGUGAUCUUCAUCUGUGAGAACAACCGGUAUGGGAUGGGUACGUCCGUGGAGCGAGCUGCAGCCAGCACCGACUACUACAAGAGAGGAGAGUUUAUUCCAGGACUCAGGGUGGAUGGGAUGGACGUUCUGUGUGUUCGGGAGGCAGCCAGAUUUGCAGCUGAUCACUGCCGGUCUGGAAAGGGUCCAAUUCUCAUGGAACUGCAGACGUACCGCUAUCACGGACACAGUAUGAGUGACCCUGGAGUCAGCUACCGCACACGUGAGGAGAUCCAGGAGGUCCGCAGUAAGAGUGACCCCAUCUCCAUGCUGAAGGACCGUCUCCUCAGCAACAACAUGGCCAGUGUGGAGGAGCUCAAGGAGAUUGACGUGGAGGUGAGGAAGGAAAUCGAAGACGCUGCUCAGUAUGCCACCACGGAUCCUGAACCCCCCCUGGAGGAACUGUGCAAUCACAUCUUUUCCAACAAUCCACCUCUGGAGGUGCGCGGCACAAACCCCUGGGCCAAGCUGAAGUCUGUCAGCUAAAGUUUGGGUUUUCUCAACAUCGCAAAAUUAUUUUAACCCCUUCCUUACUGUCAAUCAUGUACACAUGUCCCAGAAUGCACCUUGAACUAGUGUAAAAUACCCAGAGCAUCAACAAAGGUUUUAUUUUUACAACUUGAAACAAUCAGAGCCGCUUCAGCAAAGACGUUUUGAGAAUUAAGUUAACUGGAAAAACAUCUGAUGGUUUAAAUUUGUGUGUAUUUAUUUUCCCUUCAUGUCCCUUUACCGUAGCCUGCCCACUGACCUACAGCUGGACCCUGCUUCACUGCAGCGCUACUGUACGGAUAUUUAAAGGAACUCUUAGUUAAAAAACAAACUGCUGAACUCAAGUGUGAUUUGUCAAUGUUGCCAGAGUCUAAAAAUUCUUCAGUUUUUUUUAUUAAACAUCAAAACGAGCCAAAAUCGCUGUUUUAGACAUUUAAUUAGAAGUAUGCUAAACAGGGAGGUCCUGCUGGUUUAAAGUCAUUUAAGUUCGAAGCUACAAAUAAAAGCAUUUUCCUUGGCUUCUGUGUUUAAAUGUUUGCAGCUAAGCACUUUGCAUUUGUCAUCAUCAGCUCUUCUGUCCAUGGGAGGAUGUGUUGUGUCUUCUAUACCUGGUUUUGUUUAGCUCCAAGCUUUGAGGGCAACUGAAUAAAUAUCUGCCUUCAUGUCAAACAUGGUCGGAUCUGUAACAUGAUUUUAUUUUUUUAUUUAUUUUGCUCCAAGUGAGCAAGAUAGUUAAAUCCAUCUGAGUUGAUCGGUUGUUGAGUUAUUUAUGUUCCAACCAUGUCACAAAAGCAGCAAGCUCCAACCACACGUGUUGAUGAUGUUUCUGCUCGUUAGGCAGAAUCUGGGUGUUUUGAGUUUGUUAUCCCAGAUUUCAACCCAACCAGAACUCUUCAGUUUCAGCCUUUAAAGCAGGCGUGGGGAACCCUGGUCCUCGAGGGCAGGUAUCCUGCUCAUCUCUGCUCCAACACUUCUGAUUCAGUGGUUGAUUCACCUGCAGCUCAUCAAGCUCUGCAGAAGCUUGUUAAUCACCUACUGAUUGAAAUCAGGUGUGAUGAUGCCGGGAUGAAACUAUGCUGGAUAGCGGCCCUCGGUGGACCAGGGUUCCCCACCCCUGAUUUAAAGCUUCUCAGACCGAAAUGUUGGGUUUAGUAUCAUCUGCAGCUUUAUGGAGAUGUUUUCAUGAAACAUUCAGAAUUUAAGAUCACUUUGUCGCAGUGUGAAAAAUGUUUGUCAUCUGGCUGUAGAUUAAUUUAAACUGAAAAUUUUCUUAAAGUUUGUUACAGUCCUGGGAUCAGAGACGUCCUUGUGAGGUGUGUGGGAAAAAAGAUUGUUUUAAAUGGCUGCUGUUACAUUCAGGCAAAAGUGAUUUAUGUGUGAAUCCCAGUAAUAAAUAAUCUAAAUAUUC